AUGUCGACCUCCGAGAAGGAUGUCAAGACCGAGGCCGCUGUCGACCCUUCUAUCGAGGUUGAGUACGCCAGCGACCCCGACAGAAGUGGUUUCGACCAGGCUGCGACCAAGAGACUACUGCGCAAGAUCGACUGGACUUUGAUUCCCUUCCUUGCUCUUCUCUACCUGCUGUCCUUCCUGGACCGUACCAAUAUUGGCAAUGCUCGUCUCGCUGGUCUCGAGAAGGACCUGGGAAUGCAGGGACUCGACUACAAUGUCGCCCUCUCAGUCUUCUUCCCCUGGUAUGUCGCUGCUGAGAUUCCCUCCAACUUGGCCAUGAAGCGCUUUCGCCCUUCCGUCUGGAUCCCCUGCAUCAUGAUCGCUUGGGGUAUUUGCUGCACCCUUAUGGGCCUCGUUCACAACUACCCUGGACUCUUGGCCGCUCGUAUGGCUCUUGGUCUUGCCGAGGGAGGUCUUUUCCCCGGUAUUACCUACUACAUUACCAUGUGGUACCGGCGUCAUGAGUGCGGUCUUCGAAUGGCCAUCUUCUUCUCUGCCGCUACCGCCGCCGGUGCUUUCGGAGGCCUCCUCGCCCGAGGUAUCGUUGAGAUGAAGGGCAUUGGAGGCAGACCGGGCUGGGCCUGGAUUUUCAUACUUGAGGGUAUUCUCACUCUGGCUGUCGCCAUCGCUGCCUUCUUCGUCAUGAACGAUUAUCCUGCGACCGCUAAGUUCCUGACCGUGGCCGAGAAGGAGGAGGUCACCCGUCGUCUUGAGCAGGAUCGCUCUGCCCUUGCUGAUGAGUUCAGUAUGGCUUACUUCAAGGACGCCAUGAAAGACUGGAAGAUUUGGGUACAUAUGCUCAUCACUAUCGGAGUUUACACCCCCCUUUACUCGUACUCUCUCUUCCUUCCCACCAUCGUCAGUGGACUGGGCUACACCAAUGAGACUGCCCAAUUGAUGACCGUUCCCCCGUACAUCGUUGCCUGCGUGUGCUGCAUCAGUGGCGGUUGGUUGGCUGAUCGUCACAAGCAACGUGGCAUCUACAUGAUCUUCUUCUGCCUUAUUGCAAUGACUGGUUUUAUCAUGCUUCUCUCAUCUCAAAGCAACGGAGUGAAAUAUGCGGGCUGUUUCUUUGCUGCGUCCGGCAUCUACCCCAACGUUCCCCAGGGUGUCGCCUGGAACGGCAACAACAUCGGAGGUUCUGUCAAGCGAGGUGUUGGUAUUGCCAUGCACGUCGGCUUCGGUAACCUUGGUGGUGCUAUCGCUGGCUUCCUUUACCAGGCCAAGGACAAGCCUCACUACUACCCCGGUCACGGCACACUCCUGUCAACAUUGACCAUGUCCAUGUGUCUUUCCAUCUUCAUGACCAUCUACCUCCGUCGUGAGAACGCCCGCCGAGACCGCGAGUACAAGGACCCUUCCCUGUACACUGCUGAGGAGAAGGCCGCCGAGCGUCACAAGGGUGACAACGCCACCUUCUUCCGCUACACAGUCUAA